AACAGGCCAAUGCUCACAUGAUACCUGUGACUCAGCUGAAUCUGCUAAUAUAAACAAGUGUCCGGACAAGUCCCAGGGACUCUUCUGAGGCGAUAUUCUUGACGCGUUACAAUGAUGGCAGUGAAAAUACUGUUUCUCCUCUCUAUUUUAUUGACAGGUGUGUUUUCGUUGAGACGCACAGAGGUUCAUAUCAAGGCAGGCGAGAUGGUGGCCCUGUGGUGCCCACAUCAAAAAGGGUCUUAUGGUGCCAAACUGAUCUGGAGCAGUCACACCGCCCACGAGCUGGAUCUGAGCAGCAACAUGUCAGCUGAUGAACUGAGUAGGAUGGGAGUGCUGGUUUAUGGGAGGAAUCUUGUGAUUCUUAGUGCGUCUGUAAAUCAUCAGGGGAAUUACUCAUGCUCUCAGGGGAAUGCCAGCAGCCAGUUCAUGCUGACAGUUUACACGGGGCAGAGCGGAGAGGAUGAAGACUGGAACACGUACUCAGCAACAUGUUUCACACAGGAGUCCUGCACAUUGCAUUGCCCUGAUGUAAAUAUCCCUGAUGUAAAUACACCAAACAUGACCAGCAACGACAUCAUAUGGCACAAGAGAGGCGAGUCACUGCCACAGGAUAGCUACUUCUCGAGUGUGACGGAGAAUGACCACGGUGUUUACACCUGCACCAGGUCUUACCUGUACCAUCAGCUAAUAUAUAACAUCACGUUCAAAGUCAUGCUUGUUAUCCGACCAAACAUCAUAUCUGGACAAUCAGUGUUGCUUUCACCACACAUGGAUGAUGUAUUUCAUGUAGCUUUGGAUUCGACAGUGGUGAUUGAAUGUACAGCUGUGAUAUAUUCAGACUUCGAUGAGGUGUUUUGGUUAAGUGGCAGCUCAUUUUUGGAAAGGGACAACAACUUACCAGUUUUCUACAACUAUACAAGAGAAAGCAACGCUGAAGGAAUGAAGAUGACAGCAUCUUUAGUUUUCAAAAAAGUGACAAAGGAGGAUUUAAGGAAAAGUUACACCUGUAAACUGGACGCUGAUGACCAACCCUCAAGCUUUGUCAGAAUCACCUUGGCCCAAAAAGCUUCUCCUUUAUCUGUCCCCCUGGCAUUGGGCACUACGGGCAUCGUGAUGAUGAUCAUUUUUGUAACAGCAGUUGUUUAUGUUAAGUUCAAAAUGAAUAUUGCCCUUUUCCUGCGCGACACUCUUAGUUGCACUAGCAGCAGCUCAGAUGGAAAAAGCCAUGAUGCCUUUUUGAUGUACUACAAGAGCAACACAGGACUAAACGACACUGAGAGAGAAACGCUGGAGAGUGUUUUAGAAGAGAGUUUUGGUUACAAUCUUUGUACUCAUGAUCGCAACGUCUCACCAGGGAAAGCUGUAGCAGAGACAGUGUUGUACUGCAUAGAGCAGAGCCAGUCGGUGGUUCUAGUUCCUACCUCUUCUGAUCCUGGUCUAGAAGCUGGCCUGCUAAAAGACACCAGUGCUUCUCUUGUGGAGCGACAGAAUCACUUGGUUUUCAUCAAAUUUAAGUCAAACCAAGUGUCAAGGUCAGGUUCAGUACCAGAGGCCUUACGGAUUCUCAGUAAGGCUGGACACCGUGUCACCUGGAAAAGAAAACGCUCAAUGACGCCCUCCUCCUUGUUCUGGAAGCAGCUACGCUAUCACCUACCUGCUCCGCAAGCUGCUCGAAAAAUAAGGCUUUCACCUCAGCCAACUAACCCUGAAGAUAUCUGCUGAAUUAUUUUUUGUGAAGUCAGAAAAACAUAAUACCAGUGCUUUCAGUAUUUGAAACAAGUAUUUAUUCAAUCAAGCUUUUCUGCAAGAUGAUUGACACACCUAUAUGAAACAGAGAGGCUUUAUAUUAAACGGAAAACUGUAUAUAUAUAAACAUAUAGCAUUUAUUUUUAAUAUUUUAAAAGAUUCACAUAAAGUAGUAUUUGAAAAUCCUUCUCCACCCCAAUGACUUAAAAUGCAAGACAUUGUGGCCCGACAUUGAAGGAAAGAUCAUGAUGUUUGUGUUAAAGUUAUUAUAUAUUAUGUACCUUCCUUUAUACCAGAACACUUUACUCACGUUGACUUGAUGUUAAGAAUAUUAAAUAAAUAUAUAUCCUGUGAAAGUGUUAGCUUUCCAGUCUCUUGUGAUUUAUAAUAUUAUUUGCUGUGGUAGAUGUUUUCUUUUCUUGAAUUGCAUGAUUCCCUGUCAGUUGUUCUCAGCAACCUCCUCAUGCAAACUCUAAUAAACCCAUCA